AACACUUCACAAGGGGGCGCUCGGCUCAGGCUCUGUUGGACUCCGUUAGCUGCGGAGCUUCAAGCCAUUUUCCCCUCUGCAUCGCGACCGUUCACACCUCCCGACAUGCAAACUCCAACGCUCUGACCUGGAACACAAAAGCACGUACGAACUGUGGAGGAGGAGGUGUGCGUAGCAGCGUCGCGGACACCGGCAGAAUGUAUUCCGAGUGGCGCUCCCUGCACCUGGUGGUGCAGAGCGACCAGGGCCACCUCAGCGUCCUCCACACCUACCCGGCCGGAGUGGGCAUGGAGGUGGCCAACGCCGUGGUCAAGCCCCUGGGCACCGCCGUCAGCCCCGUGGCCACGGAGAACAUCCUCAAGACGGAUAAGGAGGUGAAGUGGACCAUGGAGGUGCUGUGCUACGGCCUGACGCUGCCCCUGGAGGGCGACACGGUGAAGCUGUGUGUGGACGUGUACACCGACUGGAUGAUGGCGCUGGUGGCCCCCCGGGACGCCAUGCCCGCGCCCGUCGUGAAGGAGCCCAACCUGUACAUCCAGACCAUCCUCAAGCACCUCUACAACGUCUUCCUGCCCAGGCCCGAACAGCACAGCCUGAACCACAUCAGGCUGUGUCAGCAAGUGCUGACGGCGGUCCAGAAGCUGGCCCGAGAGUCCGUUUCCAUGGUGAGGGAGACCUGGGAGGUGCUGCUGCUUUUCCUGCUGCGUGUCAACGACACUCUGCUGGCCCCGCCCACCACCGGAGUGGGCGUGGCGGAGAAGCUGGCGGAGAAGCUGAUGGCGGUGCUGCUGGAGGUGUGGCUGCUGGCCUGCGCCCGCUGCUUCCCCACGCCGCCCUACUGGAAGACGGCCCGCGAGAUGCUGGUCAACUGGAGACACCACCCGCCGGUGGUGGAGCAGUGGAGCCGGGUGGCCUGCGCCCUGACCUCAAGGCUGCUGCGGUUCACCCACGGCCCCUCCUUCCCGCCCUUCAAAGUCCCCGAUGAAGAUGCCAGUCUGAUCCCCGCCGAGAUGGACAACGACUGCGUGGCUCAGACCUGGUACCGCUUCCUGCACAUGCUCAGCAACCCGGUGGACCUGAGCAACCCGGCCAUCGUGAGCACCACGCCCAAGUUCCAGGAGCAGUUCCUGAGCUCCAGCGGCAUCCCUCACGAGGUGGUGCUGCUGCCCUGCCUGAAGCAGCUGCCCCAGAUCUUCUUCAGAGCCAUGCGGGGUGUCAGCCGGCUGGUCGACGCCUUCCUGGGUAUCUCCCGGCCCAGGGCGGACAGCGCCCCGCCCACCCCCGUCAACAGACUGAGCAUGUCUCCGCCCCCCUCGGUCAACAACACCACGCCGCCGCACAGCCGCAAGCAGCGACACACGGCCGUCACCAAGACGACCAGCAAGAGCUCCUCCAGUGCCAGCGGGAAGCCAACCAACAAAGCCUCCCAGCAGCAGCAGCAGUCCUCGUCGCCCACCCUGCUGUCCAGCCCCAACCAGACCAGCUGGGAGUCGCGCCCCCUCCCCGCGCCGGCCCGGCAGGUCAACAGCAUCCUCAACCUGUUCGGCCAGUGGCUGUUCGACGCCGCGCUGGUGCACUGCAAGCUGCACAGCGGCAUGAGCCGCGCCAGCAUGACCGCCAUCGCCACCCAGGUGGGCCUGGAGCUGCGGAGGAAGGGGUCCCAGAUGUCGGCCGACUCCAUGGUGUCCAACCCCAUGUUCGACGCCAACGAGUUUCCCGAGAGCUACGAGGCCGGCCGCGCAGAGGCCUGCGGCACGCUCUGCCGCAUCUUCUGCAGCAAGAAGACCGGCGAGGAGAUCCUGCCCGUCUACCUGUCCAGGUUCUACAUGGUCCUCAUCCAGGGCCUCCAGAUCUCUGACUUCAUCUGCCGGCCGGUGCUGGCCUCCAUCAUCCUCAACUCCUCCGCCCUCUUCUGCUCCGACCUGAAGGGCAUCAACGUGGUGGUGCCCUACUUCAUAGCCGCGCUGGAGACCAUACUCCCAGACAGGGAGCUGUCCAAGUUCAAGAUGUACGUGAACCCCACGGAGCUGCGGAGGGCGUCCAUCAACAUCCUGCUGGCCAUGCUGCCCCUGCCCCACCACUUUGGGAACAUCAAGUCAGAGGUUCUGCUGGAGGGGAAGUUCAGCGAGGAGGAAAGCUCCCCUCACGACCAGCCCGUCUCCUUCCUGUCUCUGAGGCUCCGGCUGGUCAACGUCCUGAUCGGAGCCCUGCAGACGGAGACCGACCCCACCAACACACAGCUCAUUCUGGGUGCCAUGCUGAACAUCGUCCAGGAUUCAGCGCUGCUGGAGUCCAUCGGCACGCAGAAUGAAACGGGCAGCGUCGACGGCAGCCACUCGGGCUCCAGGAACCAGAGCCACAGCCGCACCAACAGCGGCGUCAGCUUCAACAGCGGGGGCACCGUGGAGCCCACCAGCCCCGACUCUGAGCGCCCGUCCCAGGCCCUGCUGAGAGACUACGGUGUUUCAGAUACGGCCGCUGGCCUGCUGGUGCGCAGCAUCCACCUGGUCACCCAGAGACUCAACUCCCAGUGGAAUCAGGACAUGAGCAUCUCACUGGCCGCCCUGGAGCUGCUGGCCGGCCUGGCCAAGGUAAAGGCCGGAGUGGACUCGGCGGACCGGAAGCGGGCGGUCUUUGCCAUCUGUCUCUACAUCGUGUACCAAUGCAGCCGGCCGGCCCCGCUCCAGUCCCGGGACCUCCACUCCAUGAUCGUAGCCGCCUUCCAGUUCCUCUGCGUGUGGCUCACUGAGCACCCCGACAUGCUGGACGAGAAGGCCUGCCUGGUGGAGGUGCUGGAGAUCGUGGAGCUGGGGAUCUCAGGCAGCAAGUCCCGGCAGGAGCAGGAGGUCCGGCACAAGGGGGACAAGGAGCACAACCCCGCCUCCAUGAGGGUGAAGGACGCCGCCGAGGCCACCCUCUCCUGCAUCAUGCAGGUGCUGGGAGCCUUCCCGUCGCCCAGCGGGCCGGCCUCCACCUGCAGCCUGCUGAACGAGGACACCCUGAUCCGCUACGCCCGCCUCAGCUCCACCGGGGCGGGGAACUUCCGCUACUUCGUCCUGGACAACUCGGUCAUCCUGGCCAUGCUGGAGCAGCCCCUGGGCAACGAGCAGAACCCCAGCCCCUCGGUGACGGUCCUGAUCCGGGGGACGGCCGGGAGACACGCCUGGACCAUGCAGCUCUUCCACCAGCCGAGGGCCGCCCGGGCCACGCAGAGGGUGUUUGUCCCUGAGGGACGGCCGACCCCCAACAACGACGUGGGGGUCCGCUACAGCGUGAAGCAGAGGCCCUUCCCCGAGGAGGUGGACAAGAUCCCCCUGGUCAAGGCCGACGUCAGCAUCCCUGACCUGGACGACAUCGUCAACAAGGAGCUGGAGCUGCAGCACGAGCGCCUGCGCAGCAUGAUGAGCAAGCAGGUGGAGUACGAGCAGGCGGUGGAGCGCAGCAGCGAGGACGCCUGGCGGGCCAAGCCCUUCCCCGACCCCCACACCGACUGCAAGCCCCCCACGCCCGCACAGGAGUUCCAGACCGCCCGCCUCUUCCUCUCCCACUUCGGCUUCCUGUCCCUCGAGGCUCUCAAGGAGCCCAACAACAGCCGCCUGCCGCCUCACCUGAUCGGCCUGGAGUCCUCCAUGCCGGGCUUCUUCGACGACAUCAGCUACCUGGACCUGUUGCCGUGCCGACCCUUCGACACGGUCUUCGUGUUCUACGUGCGGGCGGGCCAGAAGAGCAGCCACGAGAUCCUGAGGAACGUGGAAUCGGCGGGCAGCGUGCAGCCCCAGUUCCUGGAGUUCCUGCUGUCCCUGGGCUGGGCCGUGGAGGUGGGGCGCCACCCGGGCUGGACCGGCCACCUGGACACCAGCUGGUCUCUGAACUGCUGCUCGGACGGCCCCCCCAGCCCGCCGCAGGAAGACGCAGCCAGUCCGGAGGAGACGGGCGGCUCCAUGUUCAACGGAGAGAGGAAGGUGCUGUACUACGCCGACGCCCUGACGGAGAUCGCCUUCGUGGUGCCCUCGCUGACGGAGAACUCUGAGGACUCGUCGGUCCACAGUGACUCCACCGUGGAGGCGGACUCCACCUCCGACCUCAUGCCCACCAUCCUGAAGCAGCCCAACCUCACGCUGGAGCUGUUCCCCAACCACUCGGACAACCUGGAGUCGGCCAAGAAGCUGAGUCCUCUGGUGAAGACCAAGCGCUCGUCCACGGGGAAGUCCUUCCCUCUGCUGGGGCCCGAGACCAAGGUGUUUGUGGUCUGGGUGGAGCGCUUCGACGACAUCGAGAAUUUCCCUCUCUCCGAUCUUCUGGCGGAGACCAGCACAGGCCUGGAGGCCAACGUCAGCAGCAGCACGUCCUGCAGGUCAGGGCUGCUGGAGAAGGACGUCCCGCUGAUCUUCAUCCACCCGCUGAAGACCGGUCUGUUCCGCAUGCGUCUCCACGGCGCCGUGGGCAAGUUCAGCAUGGUCAUCCCCCUGGUGGACGGCAUGGUGGUCAGCCGCAGAGCCCUGGGCUUCCUGGUGCGUCAGACGGUCAUCAACGUGUGCCGGCGCAAGCGCCUGGAGAGCGACCUGUACAACCCGCCCCACGUGCGGCGCAAGCAGAAGAUCACGGAGAUGGUCCAGCGUUACCGCAACAAGCAGCUGGAGCCCGAGUUCUACACCUCUCUGUUCCACCAGGUGGGGGAGGGCCGGCCCCACCUCUGACCUGACCCCUGACCUCUGCCCCCCCCCCCCCCCACCCCGUAUCGAAACACUGGCCCGUACAGGGCAUGCAAGAACAUACGCACACACACAUAGGUCACACACAUGCGCACACACGCAUAAACACACAUAAACGCAUAAACACACACACGGACACAAAAUCUCUAUAUUUAUACUGUACUGAUUUUUUAUUUAUAUUAACACACACACACACACACACACCGAAACACACAUCUAUAAAUAUAUAUAUAUAUAUACAUAUAUCUCAACACUGUCUGCCAGUCGACUUCAAGAGCAAAAGUGUCAAAACUGCGAGGUGCAGCAUGCUAGCCGACCGCCGCCGCAGCCGCGCUCCGGGCUAGCUGGUACCGGGCUAGCUGGUCCCAUGCUAGCCUAGCACCGGGUUAGCCUAGCACCGGGCUAGUUGAGCACCGGGCUAGCCGAGCAACGGGCUAUCCGAGCGCCGGGCUAGCUGAUGCCGGGCUAGCUGAUGCCGGGCUAGCUGAUGCCGGGCUAGCCGCGCCUAGCGCCACGGACACUGGAGCGGCCGCUAGCCGGGACUGUUCCCAGAAGUGACUGGCUCCUCGCUGUUUAGAUCCAUGGCUGCAGAACUCUCUUCUCUCUCUCUGAACUUUAACAGAAUAACUCCUCCCCCUGCCCGUGCGUUGUCCACGGAGACACUAAGAUAAGAGCCGUUUUCCCCCCUCCGGUUUGUGAGUCGGGUCCGGAGCGCCGUCUGGAACGCUGACCCCCCGCUCGGAACCUUCUGGAAGCCACGUCGUCUGUCCAUCCACAGAGAGACUCCAAGUGACACCUGCGACCCAAAGUCCACCGUCUACGUUGUCUCAUGUUUGUAUGUGUAUAUAUUUACACACACGCAUGCUCGUGUGCGUCCACACACAGUACACACACAGUACACAUACAGCACACACACACACACACACACACACACACACACACACACACACACACACACACACACACACACACACACACACACACCACAAAUACAGCACACACACCACAAAUACAGUACACACACACGGACACAGACACACGUAGAGAUGCAAAGCGGCUCGUCUCCAAAGUCUUCCUUUAAUGAUAUGCAGAGGGGAAUCACCGUGACAUUGACUGCCAUUUUAACUUGAACUCCACACAGCGCGUGAAACGGAAAAAAACCAAACGCUCCUCGUCAUUCUGCAGCCCACCAUGUGCGUGGCCGCGUGUGCGCGCGAUGCUCGUACGUGCAUGCAAGCGCGGCUGCGUGUGAAUGCGCGUACGUGUGUGUGUGCGCUCAUCUGCACGAAGGCCUGUUGCCCGCCCAAUCACGUCCACUCCGCUCUCCAGAAUCAUGUGCGCAAACCGCGACCUCUGACCCAACUGAACCGAUAUGGAAAUAAGCUUGAUGUCAUUGUAGGGAGAAAGGGUGGAAUUCCAGCCCCCCCCCCCCCCCCCCCCCCCACAAAACACUAUUGGACCGCAACAACGCACACACUGGGUUCAGAACAUCUGUCUUCAUCUGAGCUGACUUCACUCUCCGUCUGAGCUGACUUCACUCUCCGUCUGAGCUGACUUCGAUGGCAGCAGGUGUGAUCUCUCUGUGCGUUCAUCUCGUACACACCAACGUGAUGUUUACUCACAGUGGGUGGGCCCGGGACGCUGCUCUCUCCCCAUUGGCCGGGAACAAUGUCAAUCUAUUUAUCACACCGGACGGCAGCAGCCUGCUUUUAGUUUGGCUUUGUUUUUCUUUUAUUGUCUUAAUGCACUGAGCACAUUUUUUCCAUUUACUUUCUAUGUCCUUGGUUCUCUUCCGAGUCUUUUGUAGCCUCUACUUGUACACAUUGUUGAGAGUUAAUCCCUGCUGAAGAGUUGUAUUAUCUUGUCGAGUAGGCCUAUAAAUGAAGAACAGAUGGAAUUUUUAAUCGUGUUGAAUUAACCCUGCAAAAAUCACCUUUUUAUGAUGACUUUAGUGCUGUGAGCACAUGCCUUUAUUUUGUUUCUGAAAGAGUCCAUUAAAUAUGCUUCAAAGAAACUGCAGUCAAUUGGGUCCAUCGUGCGUUGUAUGAUUCUACCGUGAUGGUUUGACCCGUGCGUGUGUACAGCAAUGGGGUCAAACGUGUAAAUACAUGAAGGUGUAUUCUGGGGGACGCAUUCCUGAUUUGAAAUUGCAAGAAAAAAAGGAAUGAAUGUAAAAGUGCGUAGGAGAUUUUAAAUGGUCAUUGAAUGUACCAUGAAUGCAUUAAUUAAAAACUCAUAAAUAUCUUUUAA